AGACAGCCGUGAGGCCGACAGCGGGUGGCCGCGUGCGCUGCGACUCCGGUCUUGGUGUGAACUGUCAGGUCACUGACCCGUGAUUGAGACUGCCGGUGACCAGCCCCGUGGUGUGACCGGGCCGAUACUGACUGGCCGUGACUGCUACCUACUGCCAGCGAGAUCAGCUUUCAGGGACCAGGCGCCGCCGCCCUCGGCCGCCGGUGCCGACGGCAGCCGUGAUUGGCGGCUUUAUUGAGAGCAUUAGCCGGGUGACGGCCGCGCUGGGGCCGUACGCACAGCCCGCCCCAUCGCCAGCCUCCCCUCCAGUCAGAGUCGCUCGCGCGGGGUCCUGCCAGCUCGGUCUGCGCUAGGGUCCUCUGCCUGGACACGCUCCCCGAACUCCGUGAGGGCGGAACGACCAGGAAGCGCCCCGCCAUCGCCCAGGGAGGAGUUUUUAUGAGCGUUCAUCAGUGGUUCUGCUCGCGUCGUGUCCGGUUCAUGGUGAUUUAUUCCAAUGAUUUAUGACAUGAACGGCGUCGCAUCAAGCCUACACGUGGAAUAGUGCGGCGGCGGCGUGUGUUCGGCCUCUCCGAAGUCCCGUGCGGACGGACAGGUGGGCGACACGGCGCGAGGCGAGGCCGCUUGGGGGUGAGACAGAGGCGGGCGUGUGGCGACGACACGGACGGGGACGCGGCGGCGGCGCCCUGACACGGCACAACUGAGGCCGGCGCGGGGCCAGCGUGCGACGCCGCUCUGAGGCGCCCCAGCGGCCGGCCGGCCGUGCCGUCAGCACCGCGGGCGGCUCUCGCUCAGAGGACAGCCACCAUUCGUGUGCGGAGAGCGAGCGCAGACGGCGCGCGACACUGGCCGCCGGCGCGCUGCGACAGUGCCAGCUCCGCCGGCGCCGGAGACGCACCGGCGCCCUCCUCCGCGAGUGUGUGUGCGACACGGCGACUGAAUGUUCCCGCGGCGGCGGAUAUGGGAUAUCUGUACAAGUGUCGGUGAUGAAGGCGAGAAGGAAGCUUUGACUAAGGGUUUGUGUGUGAUUUGGGGGAGCGUCCGCCAGCGAGGCGAUAUCAGACCGUGGUGCUGGUGGCCGUCGAGCUUUUUGAGAGCGCCAGCGCGAGAGAGAAAUCGAGAGAGUCAAAUAAGAACAUCGUCAGUCAGUGGAUUCGAAUGAGUGGAUGUUUGACGAUCAUCGCAGGAUAGUUCGAUAGCGGCAACCCGAUGCGGUUAAAACUCGGUGACGGUGAGUGCAGUGCUGUGCUCAAGCGGAGUCUGAGGUGCGAGUGUGAGUAGUCUGGUGAGAUAGGGAGCGUGCAGCCAUCGGCAGCACAUUGAACCGCCGCCAUGAUCGACUUCGACAAUGUGCUGCUGGAGAUUGGCCAGAUGGGCCGCUACCAGCUGGGCAUGUACCUGCUGCUCUGCAUCCCGGCCACCAUUCCGGCGGCGUUCAUAGCCUUCCAGCAGGUGUUCAUCGUGGCCACACCGGACCACUGGUGCUGGGUGCCGCAGCUCAGCAACCUCUCAGUGGCCCACCGAAAGGCUCUCUCACUGCCUCCUGGCGAGUCUGGAGGCUACGACUCCUGCACCAUGUACGACGUCAACUUCACGGCCCUGUGGUACCAGGAAGGUGGCCAGUGGCCGGAGCGAGCCAACGCCUCGUGGCCAACAGCGCCCUGUCGGUACCGCUGGGAGUACGACACCACCUUCUACGACGAGACGCUCACAACCAAGUUUGAUCUGGUUUGUGCGGACAAGUGGCAGCCCGGUUUCAGCAUCACCUUGUUCUUCACGGGCAGUCUCUUCGGCAAUGUACUGUUCGGCUGGAUGGCAGACAAGUGGGGCCGCCGGACCGGCACCCUGGUCAUCAUGCUGGUGGCCAUCCCGCUGUCCAUCCUGUGCAGCUUCUCGACCAACUUCACCAUGUACAUGGCCAUCCGGACCGUGGUGGGGUUCACCUUCCCGGCGCUCUACCAGAUUCCGUUCAUUCUUGCGCUGGAGCUGAUGGGACCCGCCUACCGUACGUUCGCCGGCAUGGUGAUCUGCGUGUUCUUCGCGUUCGCGCUGGCGCUGCUGGCGGGCAUCGCCUACCUGUGCCGGCACUGGUUUGUGCUGUCACUGAGUCUGUCAGUGCCCUGGGUGCUGCUCGCGUCAUAUUACUGGAUUAUGCCCGAGUCUCCGCGAUGGUUGAUCCAGAACGCCCGAUUAGAGGAGGCCGAACGAAUAGUCCAGAAAAUCGCCAAGGUCAACAAAAAGCCCAUACCAACGAAUUAUCUGGAAGGCAUAAAGGAGCUGAACGAGCCGGAUGUGCCCGCGGAGCCGGCGCCCGUCUCCAUGCGCUGUCUGGUCUGCGGCUACCCCAACAUCCGCAAAAAGUUCCUCAUCAUCACCUUCAGCUGGACGGCCAACGCCAUCGUCUACAACGGGCUGAGCUACAACGCCACCGACCUGGGCGUCUCCGACUACCUGGCCUUCUUCAUCAGCGCCAUGGUGGAGGUGCCCAGCUACUUCAUCGUCAUGUACACGAUGGAGCGGUGGGGUCGCAGGCUCAGUCUGUGUGCCACCAUGCUGCUCGGCGGGCUGGCCUGUGUCAGCUGCAUCUUCGUGCCGAAAGAGGCGGUCUGGUGGACGGUGACGCUGGCCAUGAUCGGCAAGUUCGGCAUCGCCGGCAGCUUCGCCGUCAUCUACGUGUUCAGCGGCGAGCUACUGCCGACCGUCAUCCGCUCGCAGGCCAUGGCCGUGGCCUCGUUCUUCGCCGGCAUCGGCCUGCUCAUCUUCCCACAGAUCCUGGAGCUGAAAGCGUACGGACGUCUUCUGCCGGUGAUCAUCAUGGGCAGCGUCACGCUGCUGGGCGCGUUCGUGUCGUUCUUCCUGCCGGAGACGCUGCACCAGCACCUGCCGGAGACCAUGGAGGAGGGCGAGAACUUCGGCAAGGGCGAGCCCAACAUCCGGUGGCGGUGCUGGAAGAGGAGGCGGGCCGAGGCCGUCGACAGUACGGCUGCCGCUGCCGAGGAGACCCUCCCCAUGACCAAGAGCCGGCCGUACAACGGGUUUCUGGAGGUGGCGCGGCGGCCGAACGGCGACCAGUCCGAGAGUAGUAUGAGAGCACUGGUCUCCUAGCAGCCGUCGGCCGACACCGUCCGUUGUCGGGACAGGACACGUGCGGCCUGGGGGACUGAGCGGGGUAGAUCGCCCGAGUUGUGGUCACAGUGUGUGCUGGUGUUAUCACAAGAGACUACAGUGAGUGCCAGUGCGUCAUGACAAGUAGGGGAAGAGUGGCAAGAGUGACUGUGGUCCAGUGACUAGUAGUAGUGUGGACGCUGCAUUUGUAUGUGGCCAGGUGUCCAAAAGGAGAGGAUGUCAGCCCGCUCCCCACAGACUGUUUUGGCGCCGGCUGGGGUCAGGCUGGGCCAAAUGUGGCGCUCCAUCUACAUGCAGGCAGCGUGCCAGUCUGCCUGCGCUGCCUGGGGUGAUGUCGAUCAGACGAGGACAGGGCGAGGCAGAGUGACCCCAGUUUAGAGUCGCAGCGGCGGCCCUUCGCUGAAUAUCGCCACUUCAACUUAGAGUGGUGGAGAGUCACCCACUGCAAUGCUCUCCUUUGACGUACAACUGGAAAAGGAGGAUACUCAUGCAAACUUGGGUAUGAAGUAUGAACUCAACCCGGCGUGCUUGUAACCGCCGUAAGGACGUCAUUCGACGUCCGAAGGCCACGGGGGCCCGAGCUGGUUCGAGAGAGGCGAAUGACCGUUGCCGAUCAGAGGCUGCGCUCAUGUUAAGCUAAUGUUUGUUGCCUGCGCAGCGGCGCGAUGUGAGGUCCCCUCAGCCGUGGCGGGUCUAGAGUAUGACAUGUGAACAGUGUUUUUACCUCGGUACGAGAGUGUUGUGUAAUUGACCGUUGUGUGUCAGCGUUGUGUGUAAACGGUUGUGUGCGCCCGUGCCAUUGGACCGUCUGUUGUACCUGUAAGUGUAAGUCCGUUGUAUGCCCUGUGUGACGAAUUUUGCCCGAUAGGGACCUCUGUGGUCGGGUGCUCCAUAACAGUGCGGGCUCGAAAAUACUGUCAACUCGGAUUUUUGUGAAGUGUACAUAAAUGUUUGAUCUUA